AGACAAGACCAGGCUGUAGGAAUAAACAGCUGAAAGAAAAAUGAAGACCACUUUCUCCUUGUGUUUAUUGCUAGUUGGUUUGCAUACUUUGGCCCUGCGUCAACAGCAUCCUCGCUACCGUAAUAAGCAAGAUGAUGCUAAAGGGACACAUUACCCAGGACGUAAUUCUCAGUGGGAAGAAGCUUCUCCACUUAAGAACAAAACCUUUGUCAAACUAGUUUUCAGCAAUGCUGACUUUGCAUUUUCCUUUUACAAGCUGGUUGCAUCUGAAGCAAUGGACAAAAAUAUUUUCUUUUCACCCAUAAGCAUCUCUGCUUCCUUUGCAAUGCUGGCACUUGGUGCCAAGGCUGUGACACUGACACAGAUUUUGGAAGGGCUUGCCUUUAACCUGAAAAAGACUCAGGAACAGGAAAUACAUGAAGGUUUUUGCCAACUCCUCCACAUGCUGAACCGUUCAGAUAGUGAGUUCCAGCUAAGCCUGGGCAAUGCCCUUUUUAUAGAAGAAACACUAAAACCACUACAGAAGUUCUUUGAUGACGUCAAAAGCUUUUAUGAAUCUGAAGUCUUUUCUACUGAUUUUAACAACUCUAUUGGUGCUGAGAGUCAGAUCAACAGUUAUAUUGAGGAAAAGACAAAUGGGAAAGUAGUUAAACUAGUGGAAAAUCUUGAUCCUCUGACUGCAAUGGUUCUCAUUAACUAUGUCUUCUUUAAAGCCCAUUGGAAGAAACCCUUCAGUACGGCACUGACAAAACAGGAGGAUUUUUUUGUGGAUCAGAAAACAUCUGUAAAAGUUGACAUGAUGUAUCGAAAGGGUUACUACAGAAAUUACUUUGAUGAAGAGCUGUCCUGUUGGCUGGUUCAGGUUCCUUACAAUGGAGAUGUUGCAGCAUUAUUUGUUUUGCCUGAUGAAGGGAAGAUAAAGCAGGUAGAAGAUGCCCUCUUGAAAAGAACUGUAACUAAAUGGGAAAAGUCCCUCCAAGACAGAAAAAUACAUCUGCACAUUCCAAAAUUUUCUAUUUCUGGUACCUAUGAUGUGAAAAAUAUAGUCAAACAAAUGGGUAUGGUAAAUCUGUUUACUGAACAAGCUGAUCUCUCAGGGAUUACUGAGGAGCCUGGACUGACGGUUUCAAAAGUGAUCCACAGGGCCAUGCUGAAUGUUCAUGAGAACGGCACUGAGGCGGCCGGGGCCACCGUGAAGGAGAUUACCUGGAGAUCCGGGGAUUUUCCUCGCCCGCCUCGGGUCAGAUUCAACAGACCAUUCCUCCUGCUGAUUCUGGAUAAGUUCACCCACACUGUCCUCUUCAUUGGGAAAAUUGUAAACCCUCAGAAAAAUGACUGAUUGACGAAACUUAUGCACAUCACUGGCCAAAUUCCUGUGAUCCAGCGAAACACUUAUGUAUGCCUACCACUCUGUGCUAGUGCUCAUCUUUCAACCAUUAUCCUUAGAAACCUUAUUAAUUCCUUACAACACAAAAAUUAUUUUUCUUGUCCAAAAGUCACUAGGGUUUCCCACAGCCUACACCUGAAUAUAGCAUGCAGUGUUAAUGAAAUACAAGUCACUUUUCACCAGUUUUGUAAGAAGCCCUUUCUGAUGUGCUCCCGUGGGGUAUUCAGCUGGUUAAAAGUCUCCAAUUGAUGUAGGUACUGCUGUACAGUCACAGGGUGUGCAUAUGAAAGGAGAAACAGGAAAAAUGAGGUGCAAGUUUUAAUUCCUGUCCGUGUAGUCCACUAACCCUUGAUGAAUACACUUAGAUGCAGAUUUCUUUAAUAUUGGAGUGAAUGUUCAUUAAUUUCUUUAUGAUUUAUAAGCAAGCAUAGCAUGAAAGUGCAGGAACAGUGAGUGAGAUGGAGAACACCACCAAUGGAAAGGGCUGAUGAGUGCAGCUGGUUUAGCUUGCCUUCCUCUGUCUCCUCCUCAGCAGAAGCCCUGGCAUGGAGAUAAGAAGGCUGCUUUGCUGUACAGAUAAUUUAAAUUCUACUAAGGAAGGAAUGCAUAGCAGAAAAAAUACUUUUGUUUUAUCCUAAUAAUAGAACAAUUGUUGCUAACACCUCAAGAUAAAAGCCUGAUGGAGUAGUCCAUGACACAGCACCAGUUUCCUUUUCAUAGAUUUGUUGUCACUGUCGUUUCUUGUUUCUACUGAUGCCACCUUCGAUAUUCACUUUCCAGACUUGACAGAUUGUGGAAAAAAGGAGGAAUGCAAAUUAUAACUCCAGAAAGUUUGCACUUCCUCAGUAGGAAAUGCAGAGCUUUCCUAGGAACUGUUAAUUUGGUUUAAGCUAUCAUAAAAACACAUAAAAAUACAGAAAAUAUUUCAGAAGUCACUUUUCUAAAUGUUAGCAGUGGAUUACUGUUAUAGACUAAGAGCAGACUGGGAAUUCAUAUUUGUACCUUUUCUAACCUUAAGGUUCCUUGAAUCCAGCUGCACUACAUAAUUACAUGGUUAUGAAAGAAACAUAACUUCACUUACAAAGCAGUAAAUAUUUAAAUUAUUUUAUUAUCUAUUCCUUUAGUAUUUAAAUCAACAUCUUUAAUGUAUCUUAUUAAAAUAUAGAAAGCCAAAGAAAGCAUGUAAAUUAUAAAUUGAUUAAAUCUUUUGUUAUAGAAUAUCUCAAACUGGUAGAAAAA